AGGCCACAAAACUCCAGAGUCUAGACAUCAUUAUUAAGCUGUUCAAAACCCAUUAUCUUCCAACCCAUAGAUUCCCAUUCCAGUACUUAAUUUGCAAGAUCUAAACUAAUCAAUAUCGUUAUUAUCCUGGCCAAUGUAAUUUAUUCACAAAAUUAAAGUCCUUAAACGUUUAUUUUGAUUUUUUUUCCUAACUUUUUUUACUCCCAGUUCCCACGUGGGGGAUGCCCAUUAUCAAUGACAUCUUACUCCUACUAGAACUCUACAAUUUCUCAUUUUCUCCCUCUAGAGAUCUUGAACAAUACUAAUUUUUUUCACAGCCCAUCUUUUUCUGUUCAAAACCCUCUACAACCGACUUUUUUGAAGUAAAAACUAAGGCCUACUCGUUGUAUUUUGGUAGAAAGCUGGAGAAUUUAUAAACAUUAUGUGGUAAUUAUGCUUCAGUAUAUACAUUUUUCUGAUUUAAUUUAUGCCCAUGUUUACAUCUUUGAAUCUCCUGCUCAUUUAAGUUUGUGGGUAUAGACUAGUUUUUUGUGGGUUUUUUUGUACUAUGAAUUUUUUGAUAGAUGAAAUUUUAGCUAAAGUUUGAUCCUUUUUAUGAGUUGGAUCUUCAUGUUUUGUUAUUGGGUUCAAUGGGAAAGGUGGGAACUUUCAUGCUUCUAAAGGUUGGAAAAUGGUGUUUUGUGCAUGGUUUAUAAUGAUGAUAUGAUUAUGACAAGCAUGAUGGAAGUAAGAAUUUGAUGCAAAUGGUGGUAUGAUUGUGAUAUUGAAGUUGUAAUCUUGCUAAUUUAUGUGGAAAAAUUGAGAAUUUGAUUGUUUUUAAGAUUGGAUUUUAUAUAAGGGUUAGUUGUCCAUUUGUUAAGGGUAUCUAGACUAGUUAAAAUGGCUUCAAUUAGAAGAACACUUUCUCCUGUUCCUCGUCCUGGUUCGAGAUCGAAUGGUGAAGCUUGUUCAGUGGCAUCUCCAUUAUCUAAAUCAUCAUCUGUUGUACAAAACCCUUUACAACCAAAUGGAUUAUCAUAUUCUUAUUUUAAUUCAUUGGAGUAUGCAUUGUAUAAGGUGCAUAACUAUAUACUUGGUUGGUUCUCACAUAGAUCGUCGCGUCCGUUAGAUAGAUCAAAACCUAAAGGCCAUGUAUGGAAGAGGGCACUCCUACAUUUUCUAGUAUGCUUCUUGGUUGGACUAUCUAUUGGGUUGACCCCUUUUGGCUCUAUGAAUUUCCCAGCAAGAAUUUCGCCUCAUCAUCAAACUCUUUUCUUUGACAUAAUUCCUUCGAGUGUUAAAUACCCUCCUUUUAGUGCUAGGAAUAUUUCCAUGGCUGACGAGAAUAAGUUGAAUGUGGAAAAUGCUACCUUGCAAGAGCAAGUGGAAAGUAUAUCAAGUGAAACACUUGCUAUUAAACUGGUUAUUGAGGACCCACCAUUGGAAGUUAACAAGCUCUUGAUAGUUAUUACCCCAACGAAUUCUCGGCCAUUUCAAGCUUACUAUCUCAAUCGAUUGGGACAAACGUUGAAACUUGUUCCACCACCAUUGGUAUGGAUUGUUGUUGAAAUGGACUCUCAAUCUAUCGAAACAGCAGAGAUUUUGAGGAAGACUGGACUUAUGUACAGACAUUUGGUUUGCAAUAAGAAUAUAACUGAUAUAAAGUACAGAAAUGUUUAUCAGAGAAAUGCUGCCUUGGCACAUAUUGAAACGCAUCGCCUUAAUGGAAUCGUAUAUUUUGCAGAUGAUGCCAAUGUUUACUCUGUUGAUCUUUUUACUCAGUUGAGGCAGAUAAGGAGAUUUGGGACUUGGAAGGUGGCCGCACUUUCGAUGAGGGGUGCAAUUUUUCGUGAUGGCCCUGUAUUUAAUGGGAGUGAGAUUAUCGGUUGGAGCACUCGUGAAUUGACUCGGCGAUUUCAUGCUGAUAUGUCUGGUUUUGCUUUCAAUAGUACUAUACUAUGGGAUCCAAAGAGAUGGCACCGCCAUAUACUUGAGCCUAUUCGGCAGAUUGACACUCUAAAAGAGAGAUUCCUGGCGAGUGCGUUCAUUGAGCAAAUUGUAGAGGAUGAAAGCCAAAUGGAGGGGUUACUAGGGAAUUGCUCGAGCAUUAUGGUAUGGCGCUUUCCCCUUGAAUCAUCUUCCUCAUCAUACCCUCGCCAGUGGUUUAUCAGCAGAAAUGUCGAGAAGCAACUUUCAACUGAAGUGGUAUGACCUGAAGUAAGAAGAAAUUAAUACUCCCUAAAAGCAUAGAACACAUUGCAAAACAGCAAGUGCAGCUUAUACUAAUUUUACACCCCCAACAAGAAGAGGGAGUGUAUCUAGGUUUCGAAUUUUUUGCGGGGCUAGAUAUUGUAGUUAUACAGAUCUUUAGUGAUCUUCCGUCCCUGGCUCGCCAUAUAUUAGUUUUGCCUUUGCAAAGAUGCAAAAGUGCAUUGAGAUUUCUAUUCUAGGAUUGUGAAAUUGUUCAAACUAGAAUCUAUCAUUGAGUAGUAGAGAGAAUUCAAUCCGUUUUUCGCAUUUUUUUGUAGUUUCAGGCUGAUGAAAAAUUGUAACUUGGUAUUUUCAAUUGUGACUUGUGGGGAAUUUGUUGAUACAUCAUCAUUAGCUUAUAUAUUAGUCUAAAAUCUUUUUGAUUUUUCGAUGUGAUAUCAUAUAUGGAUUAUUUUUUCCAACAAAAUAAAUAGACUAUAUUUCUAUCGAUGUUAAUCUAAUUAUACUUCAU